AUGUCGUUCCCCAUUACUCACAAGUCCUCGGUCGCGCCGGUGGUCAAGCGCGACGGAGAUGUGCCGCUUUUCAACAUUUCGACCACUAGCUACCUCGUUGAGCUAAGCGUGGGAACACCCGGACAAUCAGUGAAGGUCGCCAUAGACACCGGCUCAGACGAAUUAUGGGUCGACCCGAAUUGCAACAGCAGGACGAUCACCGAGACGCAAUCGCAAGAGUGCGAGGACGACGGCACAUAUGACCCAAACAACUCAUCAACGGUGGAGGACUUGCAGACGACGAAUGACAUCACAUACGGAACUGGGCAGGUCAGGAUACAAUAUGUGACGGACAAUGUCGCCUUGCCAGAGAGCACUAUCAACCUUACCAGCAUCCAGUUUGGCGUCGCGAUUGCUGAUGCUGACCUGAACGAAGGCAUUUUGGGUUUGGGCUUUGGCGAUGGCAAGAACUUGCAGUACAAGAAUUUUGUGGACGAGCUAUAUGCCCAGAAUGCCACACAGUCGAAGGCCUUCUCAGUCGCGCUCGGCGGCAAUGAAUUUACUAACGCCGGCGUCAUCAUAUUUGGUGGCGUGGACACGAAGAAGUUCAGUGGUAGUCUCGUAUCAAACGACAUCCUCGCUCCUACGGCGAACGACAUCAACAGAUACAGCAUUCAGCUGAACAGCGUCGGCGCCACCAUCGACGGCAAGUCCAAGACCUAUUCCGGCGGCAGCACCGCCAUCGUCCUGGACACGGGCUCCAGCCUGAGCAUCCUGCCCAGCUCUGUCGUCGAGGGCAUGGUGGAGGACUUCGACGCCAAGCUCGACAGCGACUCGGGGCUGUACCUGGUCGACUGCUCCGUGGCGGACCAGAACGCCAUGAUCAACUUUGCCUUCCCCGGCAUCACCAUCCACGUGCCCAUGAGCGAGUGGAUCUUCGACGCCGGCGGCGACACGUGCGUGCUGGGCACGCAGGCGCUCGACACCAACUCGGGCAUCUCCGCCCUGCUGGGCGACACCUUCCUGCGCUCGGCGUACGUCGUCUUCGACCAGACCAGCAACGCCAUCCUCAUGGCCCCCUACGAGAACUGCGGCAAGAGCGAGACGGCGAUCCCGGCGGGCGCGGGUGCCGCGGCCAACUUCACGGGAGACUGCGAUGCUUCCUCGACCAAUUCUGACAGCAAUCAGAAUGCUGGUAGCCGGAUGGGUGGCUCUGCUAGUGCAUUGUGGGCUGCGCUGGCUGUCCUCGCGAGCCUAUCAUUGUUGGUUUGA